AAUCGAGCGAUCGAACGUGUAGACGAGAAAUAUCAGCGUACGUUUUGUUGGCGCCACGCGAUUAGCGUGACUGUAAAACUUUUCAGCCAAUGAGACUAGCUGUACACACAUUUGUUUGCAUUGAGCACGGCAUUUCCCGCGCUCUAAUAGCACGUGCAGAAGGUCAUAGACUGUGUAUGGAUUUACACAAUCAUGAAAAUUAAACCUUGUGUAGUCUCGUGCAUACAAUGUAUAUUAUACACAUUGAAAGUGCGCUUUUUGCAUUACUUUUUAAGACUGAAAUAGCGUUCGAAGUUCAAAGUUCAAAAUUCAAAGUUUGAAAUUUCGUAAAGUAAUCGAUUAUCGGCCUUACACUUUUUAUAUACGAUUAUCUGGUACUGAAAUCUGAAUCAAUCUGUAUGGAAAUUACAAGUCUUUUCACGUACCGUACAUAUAUCUGCACAUUCGCAACUUUUCGUCGCAGUAUCACCACUGACAGAGAAAUUCAAGCACCCCGAACUCCCCACGGACAUGACAGUACAGAAAUCAAAGGAAAAUGGUUUCAAGAAUCAUUGUCCCACGGUUCAUGCGCAAAAACCGUUUGCCAAAAGCGCUGCGAAUAUGUCGCAUCAUCCGUGGGCAAAAGCAGAGGAUGAUUCUUGGAGCUGGGAUCGUCGAAGCAGCGGCACGUCGAUAUCUUGGCCGGAAGAGAUGGAAGAAGUUGCGACGAAGAAAGUAAUCGAGCAGUGGGAUGCUGUGGAGAGAACUUUGUACGACGAGGAUAACCAAGUUGCAUCAGAGAGCUUGCGGAGCGAAUGUAUACAGUGGAGAACUCAACUCCCUCACCUGCGAAUUGUCGGCAAGGGGUUGCAGAAGCGUCAGAUAGUCGAUGCUAACAGCGACGACUCGGCCCCCGUUGACGUGAAAGAAAAAGACGGUCCCUCGACGGUCGAAGAAAUAAUCGAGGAGCACAAAGUGCCGGAAAAUGCUGAGGAAGGUGCGUCGGAUGGUCGCAACCGGGAAGAGACGCGGAACGAAGUUCUUGAUAGGAUUCUAGACUUUGUUUGUGCCGAACUAUUGGCGAACAACGAAGUCGACGAAUCGUUAAGUCAGAACUUGGACGCUGUGCUGAGAAUAACUCCGGCGCCAACUUACAGCGGUAGAAAUCCUCCCGGGAAUCACAGAACUGCGAACGAGUUCGUCGGCCAAACCCAUCGGAACUCAAAAUUACACAAGGACGAGAGGGGGGAAUUUAGCGAUGCUCUUGAAGUGUCUGGAUGUCUGCCGGAAGUUCGGAAAAACAGUUCCCAUGCCGAAAAAUCUGCGACAAGAUUCUCCGUCGGUAAAGGAAGCAUCACGCCGAUAUCCGCUCGGAGACAAGGAUAUAUGAGAGAGACUGCUCCUGAUGGUGUUUCGGCGAACACAGACCGUCUUUACACGCCACAGUUGCCCAGAAAUGCACUCGGGACCGUUUUUACUGAAAAAAUAAUCGUCAGUCCGGUACCGUUUGCGACGAGCACUAAGGAGAGCUUUUCGACGCUGAAAUCAACGCCCCUGACAUCGAUGAGAUUGUCGCUCGAAUCUUCGCUGGGGCAAAGAUCGGCUAGGAGCGUUAAUUCUGGUUUCAAAACGACUUCGGCUCGCCGAGUUGGCCUCUUCCACAUACCGCAAGUUCAUUCCGCUUGGCAAGCCCCGGUUUGUCCGACUGUGUGGCCUAAGAACGUCAAGUUGGCUCCGAUUGACAUAACGAGGCUUCCGAGUAGCCAGCGCAGAUCGUUGGCAACGUCCUUCAGCCAGCCGAGAAGAAGUCGGAACUCGUUAAGUCCGAUCCCUCGUGAAAUAAUGCCGAUCUCACCCCUUGCGAAUCGAGCUGCUGAGAGAACAUGCCUCGAAAUUCAAGGGAAGCGGAUAGUGAGGCAAAAAUCGAGGAUGAACGUGACGAGCGCUGGCUGGGAAUUCAACUCGCGAAACAUUAAGAAGAUAAGAAAUAAAGUAGAGAAUAAUGACGCGAGAUGAGAUUUUCGAGCGUUGUUAUAGCGUGCGGUGAACAAUUUAUCGACAGCGUUACGCCUAUCGUACAAAAGCACGAAAUUGAUUAAGAAUUUGUUGAAUUCGUACAAAUAUAUGUGUUUAAUUACCGACGACGAUCGUGAAAUAAGGUCGUCGACGGGGUGACGUUGAACGAAAGGGACCAAAAUUUAUUCCUAGCUAAUCGGGUAGAUACAACAGCCGAUUAUCGGGUUUACCAGACACCUCGCAGUGUCUGAUAAGAUGACGUGAUCGAUUUGGCAUACGAACACGAGACGUAGAUAAGAUGUAUCUACUUCUUCUUGAUUUAUUGCAGAUACCGCAGGCUUAGGUUAAGUGCAUUGAUAACAGCUGCGGUCGUUCGCAUCAAGGCGAAAUGAUAAGUACCCUGCAAAAUGCCCUGCGUUAUCUUGCACUCGCGUAGAUAGGCGUUUUCUCGAUAGGCUUUACGGAUGAAAUUUCUUUAUACCGUUAGUCCGAUCGGAUCUGGACAGCUUAUUUGCAAAUGCAUGUAUAUACACCUGGUGGAAACUUUUCCAGUCGUGGAAAAAAAAAAAUUCCAAACCGAUGAGUGACGAUGGAAAAUCAGCCUCAAUCGAGCAUUCUCAGUGUUGCACACGAAUAGCUGUAAAAUUUACAUUUCCGUUGCUUCACGACAGAUGUGUGAUAGAAAUAUUGGAGUGAGCAAAAUUAUGAAAACAGCACUUGCAAUUUAACAAAUUUGAUAACAAGCCAACUUGAAUUGCUCGGGAUGCUUCUCUGCUUUUUGUGUAUCUGACUAUCGCAAGCUCCUAUACGUAUACAUGGUCUGCCUGUAGCCUUGGCGAAAAUAGAACGCUCUGUAUUUGUGUGUUGUACGCAAGUGUAUUUUAGGCGGAUCCGUAUGUCCGUUUUCCGUAUAUUACGAGGAGCUACAGGGGCGGAGAGAGAGAAAGAGUAAAGAUAAAAAGGUUGGAGUGGAUAAAAGAUGGAGACAAACAUUGCCGUUAUAUAUGUGUGCUCUUUGUCAACGAAUCGGUGCCGCAAGGAUCGGCAUUAAUGGUCGGAUAUACGUAUGGAAUGUCUAUGUACGUAUGCAUGUGCGUAUGUAUAUGUAAGUUUACUGGGUUGUAGAGCUUUUUGUACGUAUACAUGUCAGCUCGAUUGAUUGAUUGUCGUUACUAAUGGCCGAAAAGCACAUGGAGUUGGGGAUGUUCGAGUUCAGUGUAUCAGGAUAUCGCGCAUUCCUCAAUUUGGGGCUUUCAUUGACAUGAAAAACGUACGCAAUGUUCUACUUUUUCAGAGAAACAUUUCCUCGGUACUUGAUAACUUUCGAUAAGAAAAUUCUUUCUCUUCGGAACUUGUCAGAUUUAUUUCAAACGAAGAUCUUGUUGAAGAGUAACGUAUGAACUUGUUCUCAGGCAUUAGAAGAGGCAAAAAAUUCAACAAUAUAUUGAAAUAUAAAAUGAUGUUCUACGACCGGUGAAUAGUGUUUCAAAUCCACUGGUGGAAUUCACAGUUUUGAUGUAAGUAAUUUUAAUUAUAGAACAUGAACAACUUCGGUGUAGACGCAAAGCACAUUGGAAAGAAAAUCGCAAUUGGUGUGAGCGAUUGCCUGAUAUCUUAAUGAUAUUGAAAUCAAUCAAUGUAUGUUAUAGGUAAAUAAUUUGCCUAUACGAAAGGUACGCUCAUAUCGCAAAUAUUAUCGUAAUUAAUAAUCUGUCAAGCUGAAUUUAUAAUAAAUAUAACUAACGUUGAUGGGGGGGAUAUCCAGAGAGACGAUUGUCAGACAGCACAAGGCUGAGAAAACUUUCCCAAUUGUAACCGAUUACACAGGAACCGCGGAAGUUUUAAAAAUUGCAGUAACACAAGUUUACCCGAAGCUCGCUUUCUGUAGGAGCUUCCAGUAAUCUCUCAUGUAGUGCCUUUCAAAUUUUUGUUACUUUUAAAAACGAAUAAUAAUUAGGAAGAAAAAAAAAAAAACAACGCUGCAGCGUUUGCAAUUCCUUGCAUGAAGAAGAAUUCUCUCAAAUUGGAUGUAAGGAUAUCUUUUCAAGAUCAACAAAUGGAUCGUGAGAUAUCUUUUAACCGUAUUUUGGAAAGGGUGAAGUUGCUCACAGCGAACUUUCAAAAUUUUCCAAAAUUUCAAAUUGGAAAGAAAAUCGCUUAUUUGAAAUUUUUAUUGUAACAUGCAAUCAAAUCACUUACCUGAUAUAAAUGUAUACAGUAUAUUUUUGUAAACCACACGUUGUGAAUAUCUUCGGAAUAAAAAAUCGUAUAUGCGA